AGACGCCCGUCGAUGCCCCCUGUGGCGACGCUCGGGCCUGGACAGGUGAAGAUGCCGGCGUUCAAGGGCAAUCUAUGGAACAUGUCUGCGUGCAACCGCCUGGUGGCGGAACGCACCGAGCUGCGGCGCCAUGAGAGACACCUCCAAGCCUUGGAGAGUACCCGGGGCCAAGUAGAUGCUCGGCAGCCCAAAGAGCACACGCAUCUUCGCUCGAAGUUAAAGACUCGAAAGCUCCAAGAGGACCGGGCCGCCGAGAUCCAGUUGGAGAAUCGCAUACUGCUGCAGAAGAUGCUCAACAUCGACACUAAGCCUUCGCAGUUGGCGGAUGCCAUGAGCAGUAGCACGUCUAGGCCGCGAAGUCUCCAUGGUGAGUCCCAGCGGCGGGAGGCCAAGCGGAUUGCCGCGGAGAACCAGGCCUUGCUCCAGCGACUCCAGAACACCAAGCCCUCCAUCGACCCACGGACGUGGGACGAAGAGGAAGUAGACCGUCAGGCUUUGAAGUUCCGACUUUCUCAAAAUUCUGCCGCGGGACGUGUGCUGAAACUCCGCAUGCCGAACAAGGAGGGCAGUGGCAGGCUACCUAGGAUCACCGACCUUGCCAUGCGCAGCAGCAACGACAGUGAAUGGGAGAGGGUCGUCAAGCCUCUGACCGAAAUGGACCCGAAAGAAGCCCUCUGAAGAGCGGAGGAGCUUUCGAAGGGACGCCUACUAAUCGAUUCCGGCGUCGUAACACCGAUUCAGACCCA